AUGAGCACGUCGCUCGACAAGCUGGUUACCACCACGCCGUCGGUGCGUUUCGCCGACGAGGUCGUCGACCUGGAGGCGGAGGCGGGUCCGCCGCAAGUCACGUUCGGGCGGUCCACGUCGUUCACGUCGCACAGCUCGUCCGGCGAGACGGAGGCGGCGCGGCGGCUGGCGGUGCGGCUGCUGAUCGGCGGCGCCAAGGAGGAGGGCGGCGGGGAGCCGCAAAAGGAGGGACGCGAGCGACGCCGUCGCCACGGCAGCAGCAGCAGCGGCGGCCGCACCAGCAGCAGUGGUAGCGGCAGCGGCAGCGGUAGCGGCAGCGGCAGCGGCAGCGGCGGCGGCGGCAGUGGGGAGGCGCGAGGGUCGUGGCAGAAGCACCGGAGCUAUUCGUUGAAUCAGGAGUGGUCGGGGGGGAAGCCCGUGUCGCGAUCCAGUGGGGGCGGCUCGGAGACGGAGAGCGCAGACGGAUCGAGCAAAAGCGAGAAGCGAUCGCUGGCGAAGGAGGUUACAGCGCUUCGACGACAACUCGCGGAGUUUCAAGCUGCGAAUCAGGACCUUCUAGACGAGCUGGACCGCAAGUCGCUGGCGGUGGCGGCAGCGGAGGAGGCGGUGCGGGACGCGCGGGCGGAGCGCGACCUGAUGGCGGCGGAGAUGGAGGCGGCGCUGGGCACGUGGACGCUGGCGGUGGACGAGGCCAAGGAGGCGGCGCACGCAGCGGAGGCGGCUCGGGAGCAGGUGGCGGAGCUGGAGACGGAGAACAAGCGCCUGUGGCAGCUCGUGGAGCUCAUUCUCGAGCAGAAGGACAAGGCCGCGCUGGACGGGGGGGAUGGCGCUGGCAAGUUCGAUCCCACCACCAAUGCGCGCAUCAUGAAGGUGCUGGAGUCGGUGAAGAAACCUAGCCACAGGAGCUCGCCGUCCCCCAGCCGCCCGGCCACGGGCAGCAGCAGCAGGCGGGGGGGCAGUGGGGGGUCCAGGGAGUCAUCAUCCAAGGCGGCAGGGGACUCGGAGAGGGCGGGUGAGGCGGGCUCGCGCAGCAGCAGAUCGUCAUCGUCCAAGCAGGCUCCAUCCCUACGCACCGCGUGCUCUCGGCCUUCCUUUCGCCUCCAACAGCCGUGCGCUUUACGCGUGUCCCGUUGUGCCUCUCCCCCUCCCCCCCCGUCGCGUGUGGCCAUGCCCGCUUCAACUCUCCCGUUCUCCGCGCCGCUCGCCCGGCUAUCCGCUCCGCUCUCCGCCUCCCACUCCCCCUCUCGCACGGCGCCCCUUCUCCCUUCUCUCCCGCCUCUCGAACUUCGCUCCUCCCUCCGCCUCUCGCGCUCCCCCACGCCCGCGCUACACUCCGCGCCUUGCCACACUUCACGCUCCUCCCGCUGUUCUGCUGGCGAGGGUAUGGCGACGGCGUCGCAAUCACCGCCUGACGCGGGCAGCAGGCCACGUGUCAUCAAGCUAGAGGCGAUCCCGCUGACCCGCGAGGCGUUCGCGCCGUUCGGCGAGGUGGUGGAGCCCGCGGAGGACGGCGUCGCGUUCGGCGCGGCGGACGCCGCCCUCGACCUGUCGCAGGGCGCGCCCAGGGUGUACAUAAUGCGGCUGAGGGAUCGGAAGCUGGGGUUUGAGAGCAUCACGCACCACGCGCGCGUGACGCAGUGCCUGGGCGCCGUGGGCGGGCACCCGUGGUUCCUGGGCGUGGCGCCGCCCUCCGUCGUUGAUGGGGAGGAUGGUGAUGGUGGCGCUGAUGGGGCGGUGAAGCAAGGGGCGGCGGGGCAGAGGUACCGCGUGCCAGAGGUGGGGGCGGUGAGGGUGUUCCGCAUGGAGGGCGCUGUGGUGGUGAAGCUGCAUGCCGGCACGUGGCACGCGGGGCCGCUCUUCACCCAACCCUGCAUGGACUUUUUCAACCUCGAACUGUAUGAUACCAAUGUGGUGGACCACACAACGCACAGCUUUGCUGACAGCAACGGCGUGGUGUUUGAAUUCGACGAUGCACGCUGUGUGACGGAUGGGCUGCUUGCACCCAACCCAUGUGCGGCGCCUGUCGCACAUCACUCGGGCGCCGCAGCGGCAAGGGCAAAGGGGGCAAGGGCGGUGGCGGUGACAGCGGGGGAGGCGGUGGUGGGGGCGGUGGCGGUGGUGGGGGUGGUGGCGCGACUGGAGGGGCUAGUGGCAGCGGUGGGGGUGGUGGCGGCAGCGGCGGGGGAGGUGGCAGGGGCGGAGGCGGUGGUGGGGGUGGCAGUGGACGCGGCGGCAGCGUGUCGAGGGGCGGCAGCGCGCCGCUCCUCACUCCUCCUCGUGCUGCUGUCGUAG